AUGGCGCCCACCAUACACUCUGCCAAGCUGACAGUCUCUUGUCCGCUGUUCGCUGCCGACUUCGAUCCCAGAGACAAUGGUCAACUCUUAGUUGGCGGCGGAGGCGGCGAGGGCCGCAGUGGUGUCGGAAACAAGAUCUCCCUUAUUGAUACAUCGAAUCGAGACGAAAUUACUGAGUCCCUGGAACUGAAGCUAUCGCGUGAUGAGGACUCGGUGACAUCGCUGGUUGCUGCGCCGGUAGGAGGUGAAGAGGCCGGUUCGCUGGUCACAUUCGCAGGAAUCAACAGUUCAGUCGAGCAGCAAAAGAAGAACAACAACCAGCACUUGCGCGCAUUUAGAUUUGAGGUGUCGAAGGGCAACAAGGAGCGCAAGUCCGACGAGAAGGUUCCUGGAGAGGCCACUGCGCUGUCGCAAGCAUCACUCUUCCGGACAAAGAACGGGCCAGGCUCUUCGGAUACAUAUCAACGAGUCACAAGACUAUCUCCAUGGCCAAAACAGCAAGACAGCGAAAAGCAUACCCGAAUUGGAGCAAUCACAACUGGCUUGGCGGCAUCUGGCGAGAUUGUCUUGUUCAGCGUCACAGAAACUCCAAGCGAUCAAGAUGUCAUUGGCCGUAUUCAACUAGGCGACAACGAGGAGGCCGAGGAUCUGGAUUUUGUCAGCCUUGAGAACGGAUCAGAAAAAAGUGAUGGCGUUGAUAGUCGCUUUUUGUUGGCAUAUACUAAUGGCCCCGAUGUUAUGGUUGGCGAGGUCUCUUCCUCCACCCGCUCAAACACCUCUCCCGAGGUCCGGUCUGUCUAUUCAAUCCCUUUGCCAUCUAGCGGAGCCCGCAAUGCACGCCCCAAGUUCCGCGCUCUACGUUUCCUCUCACCGCAGACUAUCCUGCUACUCCAAAAUGCACCGAACCGCAGCGGUAGUGAACUGGUGCUCCUGCAGCUUCCUAGUGCGAAUCAGAGCAAGGCCCAGAUUCUUAGGCGCCGUAAGCUGCCCCGAACUUUCAAGAUCGGCUUGGGUCUCGAUAUCUGCCAACUGGGAACAAAUCCACAAGGCCAGCAACAAACCGUCAUCGCAGUCAGCGGCAGCGAUAACUCAAUCCCCCUGUUUACCUUGGAAUACGGCCCCAAGCGUGGCUACAGCAACUUCCGCUCCUAUACGACUAUCCGAGAUGUGCACCCAUUCUCAAUGACCAAACUCACUUUCUCAACCUUCAUUGCACCCUCGCACCCCAUCACCGCAGAAGUUGGUCCGCAGAACAUCAAGCUCGCUUCGGUGAGCAUGGGCAACACGAUUGUUGUACACACAUUCCCACUCUCUCCAUUCCCGACCUCCUCUCGCACCCCGCGUUACGUACUCGCUGUCCCCGGCCCAGCAGAAGUGUGGGAGUUGGUCUACAGCAUCGCCAUUCUUCUCGUUUCCAUGUUCGUCAUAUGUCUGUCCAUGCUCGCCUUUGCCGAAAUCCGCGGCGGGACACCUCCGUUCCUUGGGGCUACAGAAUGGCUCCCCACCGCCAUUCGCCACACCAUUGCCCGUGAAUACGUCGUACCCCCGCGUGAGAAACUGACUUACUUUGAUACUCUACUUGCACCUCGCGAUGUCCCCGUUGUGCAGGCCAUCCCGGAUGAGGCAAUCGAGUCCCUGCGGGACAUUCUUGACCGCGUGCACCGUACUGGCGCCGCACCUGCUGACCUCGCUACUCCCGAGCCGCAGUCUGUUUCUGUGAUUUUGCGAUGUGCCGACGGUAAUACUGCAGAGCAAAGUGUUAUUGUCGAGACUGCUCAAUCUUCCCACCACGAUGAGCAGUCUGAAGAACAAAAAUUGCAGGCCUGGAAGGAUCUUUCUGAACCUGAACAGGCUACCUGGAAACAGAGACUUGAGGAUGCCGGUCGCUGGACUGCCGCAGAGGGUGAAAGCAUUCUUUUGGGUGUACUGUUUAGUGAAGCUUGUGGUGAUCUGGGGAGGGCUGUUCAGGAAGAGCUGCCUUGA